UAACAUACGCUAAAUGGCAUUUAACGUUGACAAGGAUUCCGUCAUCAGAUUGAAGGGGAGGACAAUCAUUUCGAUUAUGCAAAUUUUUUAUUGUUUUUUAAAUGAAAACAAAAAUAAUUUAAAAAACAAAAAAAAAAAAACGUCCACCUUUUGUUCUGUUACGUAAUCAACUCGCCAUUCCUUCCGUUUCACCUGGACGGCUAUAAUUGACUUCAUUUCGGCCAAAGAUCGAAAUCCUAACAAAACGAGUGACUCUCCAACCGUUUCGAAUCCUUUUUCGUAUUGUGUACUGUAUAAAUCGAGAAAAAACAAAACAAAACAAAACAAACAAAAAGAGUGAGGGAAAGAGAUAUACGGUCUAGAGUUUGGGGUGUUUUCCGGUGGUGAAAUCCCGCCUUGCUGCUCUGACGCCCCUCCCAUCACCACCACCUCGUCUUGGACAUGGCUCUCACUCUGUGCUGUGUGUGUGUGUUUAGGUCUCUCUCUCUCUCUCUGUUGUGUUACUCUCACAGUUCUGCAUACCUCCCGACAUUCACGCACGCAGCAGCACUGUAUGUACGGUGUGUCUGUUUUCUCCCGAAUUUUUCGCCCUGCCCCCAUCCCAUGGCCGCCAUCUCUCUUUCCAGCAUCCCCCGCUUUGCUGCUCCUGCGCCCUUGUUUUCUCGCAUUUUGCCUCAGUUUCACUCGGCGGAGGAAGGAAGGAAGGAUCUGCUUUUUGGUCGGUAGCGGCGCUUUCGUCGUUUUCUUAUUUCUUUUCCCUUCGCCACCCAACCAAAUAUCCCACACACACACACACAUUGCGUUUGUGUCGUUUGUCUCUGUUGUAUGUGCGGUGUUGCGCUGUGCAUACGGCGGGUCAGAAACACGCUGUUACGAAAAAGAAGAAAACUCUUUUGAGGACUAAACGCAAAUUUGGUGUCGCAUCAUCGACAGUUGAGUGCCGUUAGGCUGAGAAAAGGGAAUUGUUUUCGUUGAUCUACCAAUGAGGAUUCAGUUGAAUUGAACUGGCCAACGAGCAAGUGGAAGAGGACACCUCUAAACGAGUAAGAGUGACGUCUGUUUUUGGGGGGGAGGGAAGGCAUCGCAGAGAGGCUGUGUGUGUGUGUGUGUGGAUCGGUGCUUUUUCCCUACUACCCCCAGUGUGUGUGUGUGUCCUGGACCCUGCCGCCGCCUCCGAAAACUCCGCCAAAAGGGGGAAGGAGGAGAGGGAAGAGAAUGCGAUCAAUACGUAGGCAAGACUUAGACGAGAGUAGAGAGAGAGACGAGUUGUAGUGUAGUAGUUUCUGCUGCUGUGCUCAUAAGGUCCCCCUCCCUACCAACAGCAGCAGCCUCUCUCUCUCUCUCUCUUUUUACUCCCCCCUUUUUUUUGCUGGAAACUGCUGGACCACUCCCCAAACUCACGCAGCAUACAUUGCGCCUUGCUAUCCCCAACCGAAAAGGCUUUGACUCGAUUGGAUAUUAUUGUAAAUAUCGUGAGACGGGGUGGGGUAAAGAAAACAACAAAAAAACGGACAGAUGGAAACAACGAAAAAAGUGAAUGGGUGAACUGGAAUUUGUGCGAUCGACUCUCAAAUUAUCGACAGACUCGUCCCUCGUUUUGUUUUCGGACGGCAAGGGCAAAGAGAUCGGCCGUGUGUGCGUGUGUGUGUGGGGGCUGCUGCUGCCGGAUUAAAGGCGGCAUGGUUGAAGCUGCAUAUUGUAAACGGCCGUCUGCAUGGCGAGCCCAGCAAGAGAAGACAAGAGACGAACCGUGUGCAUGAAGGAGAGAGGAGGCCGCCGGGAAAAAAAAAACGAAUCAGGACCUUUCUCUCAGCACCAGCAACCACCACUCCGCACCCGGCGCACCGUCAGGUUUUCUCUUUUUCUUCUCCCCCGUGUGGGCGUCUUUGCCACCGCUCUUGGCCGUCGCUGAAAUUUGUUGUCUUUAAAAAAUAAAAAAAAACGCGCAGCGGGGAGGAACAAAAAAAAAAUAAAAUAAUAACAAGCACAAAUCUUUUUGAGAUCGUUUAGUGUUGGUGCGUGCCAAAAACAAACGCCGACUGAACGAAGAGCACAGGUUCUUUCCAUUGCGGACUGGUUUCUUAUUUCUGAAAAAAAUUCUUCAGUUUCCAGCUUCACCCGGCUCUUCAAUUUUUUAUUUUUUGCUCCGGUGUUUGUCAGUGCGAAAGAAGAAAGAAAGAAAAAAAAAAAAUACGGGACGAAGAAGAGGGAAAAUAAAAACUCUCGAGUCACGUGAUGUGGAACCCCAGUCGACGGAUCAAUGACCAGCCAUGAGCAAGGAGGAGCAGCAGCAGAACUACUCCUUCCACUGUGUCGGACUGGAAGAGACGACGACACCCCAUUGGAAUCAUUGAUUUUUUUUUUCUCUUCUCUUCUCUCUCUCUCUCUCUGCUCCUCUUCUUCUUCUUUUCGGGGCUAUACAACAACAACAACAACAAAUGUUGUCUCUCUCUCUCUUCUCCUUUGAGCAAUGAAACAAAAUUCGAUAAUUCGAUUUUAAAUAAGAAUUUCGAUUUUUUGUUUUUGUUCCCCCCUCCCCCCUUUUUUUGUGCGUGUGUGUGUGUGUGUGUGUGUGUGAAAAAAAGAAAGCCAUUUGGUUGUUGUUGGGCUUCGCUGGUGUGCUUCGUGUCCAGUUGGAAGCAUCAAGACACAACCACCUCUGCUAUUCUACCUGUCCGUUACUUUGUGCGGGGGUGUGCGUGUGCGACUCGCAGGUGUUUCUAGUGGGCGCACAUACAGUCGGUGCUUUACAAGAAAAACGGCUCUGCUAGUUAUUGGACAUUGGGAAGAAUAAGGAAGAAGAAAAAGUGCGUGCAAAUCAAUUUUCUCCGGAAGUGAAAUCACGCGCGCAGAAAAAAUGGGGAAUCGUCUGAGUUCGUGCGGCCCGCUCAUCCGCAAAGCCUAUCGCAACGAGGACACACCGUGGCAGAAUUCACGCAAACGAGACGGACAUUUGCUCAGGUUGUGGGCGGAAGUGUUCCAUGUGAGCACGAGCAGCGCUGGAACGGUGCGAUGGCAACAAAUCUCCGAGGAUCUGGUGCCUGUCAACAUUUCGUGCAUCCAGGAUCAGCCCGACUACGUCUUUCACAUCACCGCCUACAAUUCGCAAGUGGACAAGAUCCUUGACGUCAGGCUCACUCAACCAGGUACUCGCAUUGGACAGGCUUCCGAGUGUUUUGUCUACUGGAAGGAUCCCGUCACCAACGAUACGUGGGGGCUCAAUUUCACGUCACCGGCCGACGCCCGGGCAUUCCGCGAAUGUUGCUCGCCGGCUUUCAAAUUUUCGCGCAAAGCUUCGUCGUCCUAUUCAUUGCGGCUGGAAUCUGGACGUCAGAAAGAUCACCAACGGAGUUUGUCGGGUAAAAGGAGGACGAAUUCGACUCCGGCGUCGCCUUCGCACGCCACUAGCAACGCCGCUGCAGGUCACCAUCAUCACCAUCAUCAUCACGGAGCGUCUUCCGGCCCGGCGUCUGCGGCUGGAUCGGCCGGCGGCACGGGUCGUGAACCGCAGUGUACGUGCAUGACGCCCGAACAGUACGCCCGUCUAAGAGCGCAGGAUCCCCGAUUCAGAGCCUCGUUGACUUUGCCGCGGACGCAAUCGCUGAAGAAACCGUCGACGGCAGAGACGGUUGCCACGGCGUCGGCCAGCACAAUGUCGUCUAGCAACGACGUCGUCGUCAAGGAGGAUAAAGUGUCGCUCGGCGCCAAUUCCAGCACGUCCGUCUACGACAACGUGCAGACGACGACGGCGGCAGCGGCAGCGGCGGCCGCCGCUAAGAGAAAUGUCGCUGCCUACGCAACGAACAGACCGACGGGUGCGACGACGCCCGCCGCCGCCGUUGAAGCCGACGUCGCCAGCGAUGCGGCGGCUGCGGCCGCACCGUCGGCUGCUCAAACGCUGACGGCGCCGAUGAACGCAGUGGCCGCUGCGGCGAAUUCGGCUGAUUUGCAAACAUCCGGCGGAUGCGGCGUCGAAUCGAAAUCGUCUGAAACUCAAACGAUGACGACGCAAACGACUCAGACUCCGGCCGCUGCCGUUCCGCCCGCCUCUUCGGAUCAUCAACAACCGGCGACGGCGUCCUCGCUCCAGUCCAUUACGCACCGGACCAGUCAACAACCGCUGGCGCUACCUAACGCCCCGCAACAACAACAACAACAGCAACAACCGGUUUAUCCGCAUCAGUAUGCACCGGCGUUCCAGCAACCGCUUUACGGAAGCGGGCAAUCCAAUUAUUAUAAUCAAAUGCAACAAGGAGCCAUCCCGAGGACAUAUCCCCAACAACAACAGCAGCAGCAGCAGCAACAACAACAAGCCAUGCCGUAUCACGGAAUGCAUCCGCAGCAAUCGCAGACGUUGAACCGUUCCGGCUACCCUUACGGUGUUAUGCCGCAACAGGCCAAUUACGCGGCCGAUUUCGGUGGCACCCUUCCGUCAAUGCCAACGCAAAUGCAGUACGCCAAUCGAUCCGACUCUGGCGUCAGUAGCUAUCACCAUCCGCAUGCGGCUUCUGUUCAUCCGCACCAUCAUCACCAGCCGCCGCAACAGCAACACCAUCAUCCGUACUACGAUCGGGCCUAUUCGGUGCAGGGCGAUGUCAGCAACGACGUCAUGAUGCAGGACAUGAUGAACCAAACGCGGCGAUCCGUUUCCGGCCGUCCGCCUCAUUUGCAUUCGGCCCACGCGCAUCAUUUGAAUCGACGCGAUUUGCUCAGCUCCAAAUCGGUGGAUUAUUCGGGAAUGGACGGACCACCGUCCGGCUCGGCUGCCGCUGCCGGAUCGUCUAACGGGUUCUUCCAGGACGAGCACGAUCAGCCGAUGAGGGCGGCGCGCAGGCAUCGCAGCCGCAGCACGGAGAACGUGGUGGCCAACGAGCUGGCCGUGACGGGCAAUCCGGUGAUGGCCGGACUGGGCAGCGACGUCCUCAAGCGGAUGCUGCAACCCGUCCAACAAAUGGCCGGCCAGAUGGCGGCCGGAUUGAGCCCCAACGCGUCGCCGUUGACGUCGCCAGAAAUGAGUCGACGCGGCACGUCCAGUCAUCGGCCCAUCAGCGACGGAUUUCAAUCGGAACCGGAAAUUAGCAGCAGUCGGACGCCGAGAUUUUACGCGCCGCUGGCCAGGCCGAUUGGCGCCAAUCCGAAAAUGGCCAUGUCGCGGACAAUGUCGUACGGAAGCGCUCGAGUCUCAUCCGGUGUUGGGCAACCGCACCAGCAGCAUCCGCACCAGCAGCAACAGCAGCAACGGUCUCAGAGUUUCGCAUCCGAUUCGCUGCGCCAGAACCUGGAACGCAAUCUCUACCUGGACUUUGACGGACGCGCAGACGCCGGAUCGCCUUCGUCGGACAACAUGCUGUUUGACCAUCACUUGUGCUACGCCACGACGCCCAGUUCCAGCAACGGCAAUUCGGACAUGGAAGGCAACAACCCGCUGCCGCCGCCGCCGCCGCCCAUGGCCGCCGGCUCGGCCGGCAUGGGUUCGGCAACGGGUGCGCGAAGCAACAGUGGCACGCAGCAGGGAUCGGUGGCCACGUCGCCCACGUCCAGGCUCUUGCUCGAAUACGAGAUGCACCUGCGCAACACGCUGGCCAAAGGCAUGGACGCCGAGAGUUGCAGUUUGCACACGUUCGAAGCUCUCCUUUCUCAGAGCAUGGAGGAUUUAGAAUCGAUAAUCCGAGCAUCCUCCUCCAAGGGCAACGGCUAUUCGUCUUCCUCCAGUUCGGCGGUUGUGCAACCGCAACGGCGGAUCCUCUCCGAAGUGGAGCGCAUCCAAGAAAAGUACCGCGGAGGGCGAGGGUUAAUAGCAGGUGCACCUCCGCCAGGUCCACCGAGUGUUCCGUCGUCGUCUCGUAGCGUCGACCGUUCGUCUCGUCUGUGCCGCAGCGAAACGGCUCCGACCAACGCCAAUCACCACCACCACGCGCAGCAGCAACAACAACCAGCAUCGGAAGCCAACCGAUCGUCUUACUACGGUGUAGGUGGAGGAGCUGAUUUAGAGCGCAGCAUUUACUCCGAACGGGAUCGAGGCUACCUGAGCGAUAUGAGUUCCCGGGCCAAUAGUUUCUACGAGAGACAAGACAGUGUGCGGUCGGGUUACCUGAGCGAUCGUGAAACACUAGCCGGAGGGACAAACCGUUUGGCCGGUUCGGCCGCUGCGUUGUCUGGCAGUAGCGGCAACAUCGUCGUCCAGCAACAGACAUCCAUCGAGAGCAACGAUUCACGCCUUUGCUACUUGACUUCGUCUGAGAUGUCGGAUGAUGAUCGACUGUCUUUGACGACUGCAAUCAGCGACGACGACGACGGAGGUGGCGGAUGCGGAGAAUCGGAAGGACAACACCACGGUCACCAGAGCGGCACGACUUCACCGUUCCGCAAAAGCGGCGCUGCCGCUUCGUUCAAUUGUACGGGAGCUGUUCGCAAAGCUGGGUUUUUGAGCGUCAAGAAAUGGCUGCUUCGCAAAAAACAUCAAGUGGAAUUGGCGAGGAAACGCGGCUGGCGCGGAUAUUGGGUCUGUCUGAAAGGGACGACGCUGCUGUUCUAUCCGUGCGAUUCCCGCGAGGGACGCCACGUCGAGGCUGCGCCCAAGCAUCUCAUCAUCGUCGACGGUGCCAUCAUGCAGCCCAUACCCGAACAUCCCCAACGCGACUUCAUCUUUUGUCUCAGCACUGCCUUCGGCGAUGCCUAUCUUUUUCAGGCUCCAUGUCAGGCUGAGCUGGACACGUGGGUGAAUAGCAUUCAUUCAGCGUGCGCGGCGGCUUUUGCCCGUCACCGGGGCAAGACGGGCACGCUGCACUUGCUGCAGGAAGAGAUUCUGCGUUUGGAACGUUCCAUCGAAUCGGAUCACAAAUUGAAACACAUGGCCGAACUGCAAUUGUCUGUGGUAUCCGAGUCGGAAAGUCGUCGCCAAAUCGGCGCUCAGAUCGCCGCCUGGGAAGAGAAUUUGGAACGGCUUCAUUGCGAACAGUUCCGUCUGCGCUGUUACAUGGCCAGCUUACAGCACGGAGAGUUACCUAAUCCGAAGAGUUUGUUGACGCACGUCUCGAGGAGCACGAAACACACGCUCAAUCGGCUGGGCAUCUUCACCGUGUCCUCGUUUCACGCCUACAUUUGCGCUAGGAGUCCGUCGCUGCUCAACAAUCUCCUAGCCGGACGGGGAGCGACAAGGAGACGGGCCGUGGCGGCGCCCACCUUGUCCCGAUCGAAUUCUCUGAGCUCGCGCAAGUCGCAAUCGGUUGCGGCGGCAUCGUCGCAGCACAGCAGCCACCAUCACGAGGGAGACAGGCAGUUUAGAGUCAAUUUGCCCGACGGACAGACGGCGACAGUCAAUUUAAAAGACAAUAUGACGGUGGAAGAAUUUCUGGCCAGCGCUUGCGGCAAACGUGGCCUCAACGCGGCCGAACAUUUCGUGCGCGUCAAGAAGCGUCGUGACAUGGACAAUUCGAACCACUUUGUGCCGCAUCGCACCGAUCUCAUCGAUUCCUAUGUGCCGAGUCACGAACUGGUCGAAAUCUGCGGCAAAGCUCUCUACCAGGUGGAGCUGUCGCGCAACAAUUUGGAACAAAUGUGGGGCUUCAGCGUCGAGGCCGAACUGGUGGAAAACACGGAACGACAGGAUGAACUGUGCGUCUUUGUCAGUCGAGUCGAAGAUCGAAGCGUCGCCAUGAACCACGGAAUCAUCAAAGGGGAUGAGAUCAUGGUCAUCAACGGAGCCCUGGUCGGCGACCUGGACAUGAUGUACAUCGAGUCAGUGCUGCAGGAGGAGCUCUCCCUUUCGCUGAUGAUCCGCAGUUGUCGAGCCGAUCCGCCCGACGUGACCUGCUUGCUGAGGACGACUGACGAUCUCAUCGAUAGUCUCGUCUGCCCUCCGCCACCUUCUGAUCAGCUCAUUACGGACGAUGCCCUGUCUAAUCUCAUCGUGCCGGCUCCGACUUGGCAUGGACAGUCAGCCCAAACGGUAGAUAGUCCUGGCGCUUUCCCAACUGAAUUACCUCCCAUCCAGCAGAAUAAAUCUAGUCCGGCUGAUGUUACUGGCCCUGUGCUUCGGCCUCGCAUGUCUGAGAGAAGCUCCACAUCUACCACGUCGGAUUUCCGACGAUCCUCGCCUACCGGAAGCAUCGCCUCUUCCCAGUCGAUCGCCCUGACGCCCAAUCGGCAGCUUUCCGAUGGCGAGAAGCUCAAAAAGUGCAUUCUAGAGCUGGUGGAGACGGAAAGGACUUAUGUCAAGCAUCUGAACAACUUGCUGGAGAACUAUCUGGAACCAUUGAAACAAGAAACAUUUCUCUCUUCGGCCGAGAUCAAUGCCCUCUUUGGAAACAUCCAGGAGAUUGUGACUUUCCAGCGCAUGUUCCAGCAAAGCCUGGAAGAAGCUUUGGCUGUCGAGCCGCAUUUUGACAUAAUCGAUCAGCCCUAUCAGUUCAAAAAUGUGCUAUUUGCUAUCGGAAGCGCUUUCCUCCAUCACGCCAAUCACUUCAAAUUGUAUAGUUCGUUCUGCGCCAGCCACUCGAAGGCUCAAAAAGUUCUACUACCAAACGAAGGUUCGCAAGCGUUGCAAGAGUUCCUCCAGUCACGCAACCCUCGGCAACAGCAUUCUUCAACGCUGGAAUCCUAUUUGAUCAAGCCGAUCCAGCGCAUUUUAAAAUAUCCGCUCCUGUUGCAGCAGCUGCGCAAUUUGACCGACCCAAACAGCAGCGAACAUCAACAUCUUGUCGACGCCUUGAAAGGCAUGGAGAAGGUGGCCGAGCAUAUCAACGAGAUGCAGCGGAUUCACGAAGAGUAUGGCGCCAUCUUUGAUCAUCUUUUCCGCCAACAUCAAAAGUCGUGCAAGCAGCCGGUGGACCUCAGCCCGUCUGAGCUGCUCUACUACGGCGGGGUCGAGUGGCUCAACAUUUCCGACUUUUUGGGCAAAGUCAAAAAGGGUUUGGAACUUCACGCCAUGUGUUUCGUGUUCAAAAGCGCCGUUGUCUUCCUCUGCAAAGAACGACUCCGCCAGCGCAAGAAACUCAUGAGCGUGACCACGAAAACUAGCGCUCCCGAAGUCGAAAUCAUUCGCUACCAGGUGCUGAUACCGGUGACUGAGGUACAAGUCCGCACUGCUCAAGCCAAAGAUAUGGAGGCGCAUUACCUGUGGGAACUGAUUCACUUGAAGAAUCCACUACACCGUCGCUCGGAGAAAGUCUACCAUCUUUCGAACAGCACCGCCGAAUUCCGUAACGCGUUCUUGAAAACAAUCCGGCAAAUAAUCCGUGAAAGUGUGCGCAAUAUGAGCAUUCCACCGGCCAAACCGCCGGUUCCAUCCGCUUCGACGCCGCCUACGCCGAAAGCGGAGGCUAAUAAAGGGGCCAGCAAAGGCAAACGAAAUGUUCAACGCCACUCGGCUGGCACUAUAGACUACGACAAUGUCGAAGCCUGCGGCGGAGGCGAAGUCGACGAUAUUCCGACAGUCACUUUCAGAGGACGCAGUAACACGAUCGGCGAAAAGAAAUCGAUCCGUCGAGUGGAUUCCUCUGAAGCUAGGGACGGCGAUCCGGGCGUCAAGUCAGAAAACGAAGAUGACCAUCAGCAUCGAUCGAAGCCUUCACUCGGCCGUACACCUAAUCACUUAAGUCUGUCAACGACGUCGACGCUUUCCACCGGAAGCGCUUGCAGUCAGGCCAAACUCAUUCAGGCAUCGAGGACGCCUCAGUCGUAUGCGCCAGCGGCAGCUAAACCGUUGGGAUCUCCCAUUUGGAAGCCUCGUGAAGGGGUAGGUGAAUCGUUCACUUUACCCCGACCGAGUAAGAGUAACGACAUGCCCAAUUCGGGCUCUAAUUCCGGAAACAAGAAUUCGUACGGGACAUUGGGUAACCCGUCAAAGAAAUAGAAAAAGUAAAAAAAAAAAAAAACAAAAACGAAAAGGAAAAAUUGAGGCAAUCGAUUUUCAAUUUCUUUUUCAUAUUUCUUUGUUGGUUUCUUCCCCACCUCACCCCAUUUUUUUUUUUUCUUGCCCGUUUGAUGUUCUGGUAUCACGCCGAGUGCUCAAAAUUGUGUGACUGAUGUAAAUCUUCCCUAUUUCUCGAUACUCACACCCAUCUCUAUUUGCCCCCAUCCCCCACCCGCAUGACUGCCCAGCUGUGCAAAAACAAAAAAAACAAACAAAAAAUCUCCUUUGAAACGUCUCACGAAAAUAUUCGGAACGACGUUUUGUUUUUGAAAUUCUCUUCUUCCUCUUUCUAUCUCGAAAGAACAAACAAAAAAAAGGAAAAAAAAAAAUAAUACUCCACCAUAAUCACAUCUUCCGCUUCACUGUCUUCCUCUACUGCUGUUGCACUGGCUGGAUAGGCGAAAUUUCCAUUUUUAUUGUCACGCAUAAUAUGAAAAAUUAGUCAUUAAUGAAAGGAAUGUUUUGAAAGAGAUGAGGACUUGCGAUUACGCGGAGGGAAUGUAGGUAGUAGUAAAAGAAUUGACGAAAGCCACGAUUGGUGCUGGAAUACCUUGAAAUAUUUUGAUAGGACUUGGCAGCGCCAGCCAAAAAUAAAAACAAAACAAAAACGGGUUGGCAAAUAACAGCAAUUUUUCUUUAUUUUUGGACUAUUGUACGUUUCCCUAUUCUCUUCCGACCCUCUACCGAUAUACUUUUAUUUAUUUUGAUUUUGGAUUUUUUUUUUUUUUUUUGUGGGUCUCCUCCCUCUUCUCGUCUGUUGAAUAUAGAAUCGACUCAUCAUCCACCACUCUCCAAUCAAUUUUUCGAUAUGCGUGAGAUUCCCGUUGCACCUAUAUAUUUUCCAGUUGUUAUUCGUGUCGUGUUUGGUUUGGGACAGAAGUAAAAAGAAAAACCUUUUUAAAAAAGGUUCAGAUUAAAGUGGGGGGGGGGGUAGAAAUCGAGGGAAUUCAGUUUUGUGUUAGAAAUGAAAGCAUAAUAGAUAAUAGAGUUUGUUGUAGUUUUCAAAUCCUAAACAAAAGAAAGUGCUCGGAUUGGAUCUCAAACGGAAGAUCAGCAGACGGGACUCGUGAACAGAAUGGUGCGGAAUCAUCUUUUAAAAAAAUUUGAGGGAUUAAACAAAAUAAAUUUAUACCCAUUAAUGAAUUUCUUGAUCUAAGGGGAUUUUAUUUACGUGUCGUGAGGAAAAAGGAGAUGAUAUUUACUUAAGUUUUUAUUUUAUUAUUUUUUUUCCUAUGGUGCCAAAUGCUUAAAAUGCCAAAUACCUUCCCCAGUCCCGCCCAUCCUUUUUGUGCACACGAAUUCAUUUAGGCAUACGCAUCUAUAGACAAACCGAUUUCGGAAUGCGAGCUCGUUCAUUGUGACGUGAAAUGCCGUCACCAUCGAAAAAGCCACAUCUUUGGAUGAAACUGCCCAUCACUUAAACUGACUUUGUCCCCUAAAAAGUUGCAUAACUUCCUUUCUCGCUCUCUUUUAAAUACAAUACACACACACACACACACGAACACACGUUAGAGACGUACACUCUUGAUUCUUUUUCUCUCUCUCUUUCUGUCUCUCUCUCUCUAUCUAUCUCGCUCUCGCUUAUUCCAUCUCAAUGAAGUAUUUGUCGAUUCCCGUGGAAGAAAAAAGAAACACACUUUGUUUGAACCUCCACAAUUUGUAAUUCCCUUUUUACCCUCCAAAUCCCCUGGAUCGCUCCUCCUCCUUACCCGCCUUUUUUCCAUCAUGGACAUUUCUAAUUUCUGAUUUCCUUUUUUCGAAACUUGAUUGUUUCGUUUUCCUCCUUGCUAUAGUUAUAUUACUAUCAUCACGAUUGGCUGUUUCUUGAUUUCUUGGGAAUUUUGUUUCUUCUCCAAUUCUCUCCGUUUUCCGUGGCGCGACAAGAAGACGAAAAGAAGAUGAAGAAAAAAAAAACCAAACCUUGGCACUCAAAAAAGUCUUCUCAAACAACUAGUCCACUCGUUUUUAUUCUGAGUUAAAGAACUUUAUACGGCCAACGGUGUAUGUACGGAAAGUAAAUAUACAAACCAUUACACAUUCA